GAGGUUUAAUGUCUUUAAAGAAGAAUAGGGAUGAGAGAAAUAAAGCCUUGGUGAUGCUCAGGCUCUUCAAUGUUCUCAUUGAAAAACUACAGAAGAGUAUCUCAGUCUCGGCACCUAGAGAACCUGAUCAAUUAAAAAAAGCACUAGAAGCAGCAGCAGUGGUGCCAGAUGAUGUAACUGAAGGACAUUUUGCUGUUUUCGCAAUCAAGGGUGAGGAAACAAAGAGGUUUGUUGUUGAACUGGACUACUUAACUAACCCUGCAUUCUUGAGAUUACUGGAGCAGGCUAAGGAAGAAUAUGGCUUCAGUCAAAAAGGAGCUCUUUCAGUCCCUUGUCGACCUGCGGAAUUGCAGAAGAUUAUCGAUGACAAAAUGGAGAAGAGCACUGGUGCUGGAUUGUGUCUUACCAGUAUAAAGUGUUAGGAGAGUAAACAGAUGUUAAUGUUUUCUGUUAUUAGUAAUUGCCUUUUCUAGGAUAGUUUUUCCGAGUUAAUAACCUAUGUUACACUGUCAUAUGCAGCUGAGAUGUGUUACUUACCUAAUUCCUACUUGUUUCUCAUUAUAGCAUUGGGUAGUAACAAUACUUGUGGCAGGAAAAAAUGUCAGUAUCUAUGCAAUUUCUUUGGCCAUGGCUAUUUUGGGAGGGUUGUUUAGUUG